UACACGACUUGUGCAGAUUGAUGGUGCAGGUGUGCAAUCGGCUUUCUACGCUGGUCAUUUUGCGUUUAGUUGCUACUUGUCUGUCCUAUUGCUGUGUGGAGACGGGGAGGGAGUAGCGUUACUAAGGCCAGUCUUGUGUCAGGUAUAAGGGAAUAACAGUAUGGUGCCUUAACGGUGGUUUGUUUACCUAGCGAAGGAAAUGACUUCGAAGAAAGAACAACUCUCAUCUACAUUUACUUGUAUAAAACCUACUCGGCUUUUUUAAAUUUUUUACUUUUACUCUGGGCUUGGCAUGUAAAUAGUCUAUGUACUGAUGUGCCAUUGUUACAAAUGGAAAGGGAGUUUCACUUUGGGAACGUGAGCAUAUCCCUAGUGCUCAUGUUGUUUUUGAGGGCUUUGACCGGGACGUCUCCAACUCUAAGCUUUACCUCCGGGAGAGAGCCUCAAACCGCAGCCGCUCCGGGGUCACACAGAGCCGGGGAAGAUGGAAACGAAGGGGUGUUGGUGGAACGGGGCUUGGAAAGUAUCGGCGGUCCUCUUCCGGGUGUUAUCGGAGAGGUGACCGUGGAGGAUCAUGACGAUGAGAGCGGGGCGACCGGGAACGGAGAGGAGUCGUACGGAGAAAGUGACGGAAACAUCAGACCGAAACGCUCUCUGGUGAUCAUCAGUACUCUGGAUGGUCGUAUCUCAGCUCUAGACCCCUACAACCAGGGACGCAAACAGUGGGACCUAGACGUAGGGUCAGGAUGUCUGGUCUCAUCCAGCCUCAGCAAACCAGAGGUGUUUGGUAAUAAGAUGUUCAUCCCAUCAUUGGACGGAGAGUUGUUCCAGUGGAAUAGAGACAGAGAGAGCAUGGAAGCUGUUCCCUUCAGUGUCGAGUCUCUCCUGGAGUCGUCCUUUCGCAUCGGGGAAGACACGGUCCUGGUGGGGGGAAAGAGUCUCACGAGCUACGGUCUGGGAGCCUACAGCGGCAAGCUGAGGUAUAUCUGCUCAGCAGUUGGCUGUAGCCGCUGGGGGGAGGAGGAAACAGAGCCUGAGGAUGUGUUGCUGCUGCAGAGAACCCAGAAGACCGUCAGGGCCGUGCGACCACGCUCCGGCUUGGAGAAGUGGAACUUCAGCGUGGGGAGCUUUGAGCUGAGGUUUGUUCCCGACAAACAGCUGACCAGUAACUUCCUGGAGGGAGAGAUGGCGAGUGGCGAGGCCAUGUGGAAGGAGGAGCAGAGGAGCAGUGGGCAGAAGGUUAUCAUGGAGGAGACCACAGACAACCACAGACACACAACCACAGACACGCACACUGACACACCUGGGUCUGGGACACCAGACCUAGUCAUCAAGGUGUCUGUUCCUGACUGGAAGGUGAUGGCCUUCAGCACCCAGCCUGGAGGAAAGCUGGUCUGGGAACAGCAGUUCUGCACGCCCAUAGCCUCUGCCUGGUUGGUUGGAGGGGGGAAGGUAACGCCCAUCAGCCUGUUUGAUGACACGCCCUACAGCAGUCGUCCUGACGCGGAGGAGCAGGAGGAGGAGGACGAGGACAUUAUGGAGGCGGCUCGGGGAGCUACUGAGUCCAGCGUAUACCUGGGUAUGUAUCAGGGCCAGCUGUACCUGCAGUCGUCCGUCAAGAUCUCAGAAAGGUUCCCAUCUAAAGCCCUAAACGGGCCCGGUCCGAACCCGGACACCGUCCCUACCAUCAGAUGGAAACCUCUCAUACAUUCUCCAUCUCGGACUCCUGUUCUGGUUGGUUCUGAUGAGUUUGACAAAUGUCUGAACAACGACAAGUUCUCUCAUGAAGAAUACAGCAACGGAGCUCUGUCAGUCCUGCAGUACCCGUAUGACAACGGGUACUACUACCAAUACAGUAAGCGUUACCGUGGGCGACGCGGCGUGGCGGAGGUGUCUCUGCUGAAGGGUGGUGGUGCAGUGGGGGAGAGGAGGAGGAAGGAUCCGGUCCUGUUACUGCCCUGGUGGAAAGAGAUUCUCGGGACCAUGGUGUUCUGUAUCGCUGCUACCACCUAUAUAGUCAGGAAGUUCUUCCAACCCCCCGCCCCGGUGGAGUACAUACGGCAACGCAAGGAGUCGGAGACUCAGUGUCAGACAGACAGCAAGUAUGACCUUGAGGUGGCCGAACCCAAUGAGACGGUUGUCAUGGAGACCCGCCCCAGUGAAUAUGUAUCCAGGUACCUGACAGACUUUGAGCCGGUACAGUGUCUGGGUCGAGGAGGGUUUGGUGUCGUGUUUGAGGCUCGGAACCAGGUGGACGACUGCAACUAUGCUAUCAAGAGGAUCCGCCUUCCCAACAGAGAGCUGGCCAGGGAGAAGGUGAUGAGAGAGGUGAAGGCUCUGGCCAAGCUUGAACACCCAGGGAUCAUCCGUUACUUCAACGCCUGGCAGGAGAGCCCUCCAGAGGGCUGGCAGGAGGGACAGGACCAGCGCUGGCUGGAGGAGAGCACUACCGACUGGCCUCUGAGCUCCCCCGACCACAUGGAGGUGCUGUCUGUCAAAGUGCCCAUCUCGUCUGUCUCCAGCCCUGUGAGUUCUGCGUCUGGGCUGGGCGGGGCCUUCAUGACUGACCACGACCAAUCCAUGCUCUCCAGAUCCGCAGGCGGGGCCAUGGGAUUUGGCUGUGGGGCUAUGGACUUCAGAGUUGGGACUGACAUCCCCUUCCCCCUGCUGAUUGGUCAGGACAGUAUGAUGUCAGAGCUGGAUAGCCAACCAGAUGCAGAGGCCUCGACUUCAGACACUCCCCACUCCUUUGAGCUAUGCCCCCCCCGCGGCCCCAGCGACUGCACCUCGUCCUCCUUUGACAUCGUGUUCGAGGACUCGGGCUGCGACCGUGACGCCGACCCUGACCCUGAGGUCAUGAUCCCCUCAGAAGCCUCUGGAUUGGCCAGUACCCCGCUCACUGAGAAGGCUAGCUCCUCCUCCUCCCACACCAGAAGAACCGACCCUUUCCCCGUACCCGUCCCACCCUCCUCCCCCUCCAUCCCUCCCUCCUCCUCUCCUCCACGCCCCACCUCCCUCUCCCUCUGCCUGGCCCCAAGCCCCUCCCGGACCCCCCCAACUCUGCGGCCCCAACCCUCUCCUAAAGUCUACCUGUACAUUCAGAUGCAGCUGUGUCGUAAAGACACCUUGAAGGAUUGGAUGUCUCAGAGAUGUCUGCCUGAACACAGGGAACAUUCUCAGUGUCUGGGCAUAUUUUUGCAGAUCUCUGAAGCUGUUCACUUCCUCCACAGCAAGGGCCUGAUGCACAGAGACCUCAAGCCCUCCAAUAUCUUCUUCACAGUAGAUGAUGUGGUGAAGGUUGGAGACUUUGGUCUGGUGACGGCCAUGGACCAGGAAGAGGAUGAGGAUGAUUCAGGACCCCUAACUCCCAUGCCCAGCUACGCCCGUCACACUGGACAAGUCGGCACCAAACUAUACAUGAGCCCAGAGCAGUUGUCUGGUGACUUGUACUCUCACAAAGUGGAUAUCUACUCUCUGGGUCUGAUCCUGUUUGAGCUGCUCUGUCCUUUCAGGACACAGAUGGAGAGGGUCAGGACUCUGACUGAAGUCCGAGAGCUGCAGUUUCCUGCUGUCUUCUCCAAGAACAACGUCCAGGAGCUGGGCAUGGUCCGUAGCAUGUUGUCCCUUAACCCGGCGGAGCGUCCUGAGGCUGCUGACAUCACGGAGGAGCCUCUGUUUCAGGAACUGGAAGUCCCGUGUCGCCUGGCGGUCCGACAACGAUCCCGGACAUACAGCGCCUCGUCAGCCGGAUGGCCUGCACGCACCUCUAUAGCCUCUUCCUGAACACACACACACACACACACACACACACACACACACACAACACACACACGCGCAACACGCACACACACACACACAUGCCAGUCACCCCUGUUCCCCCAUUCUCAGUCUAAUGCCAGACAGAACCUCCUCCUUCUGACACACCACCAAAGAGACCCUGUUGAACAUCUCUCUCACAUCGUUCCUACAGUAACCGUACUCUCACACAGUGUUUGUUCAUUCAAUCUCUCCCUCCUGCUGAGCCCUGCUGAACCCUGUACCUUAUCAACCAUAUCUAGAUGACACCUUGUUCUACCAUGAACUGUCCUUAACAACUGGUAACUAGUACUGACAACUAGUACUGAGAACUGGAGGCUGAGACAGACAUGCCUGACUUGGGUGAAAAACCUUUUCCUGCUAGUUCUGUUUAAGAUGAUUUAAAUGUAUUGCUUUAGGCCUUAGGAGGUUUGUGAGGUGUUAACUGCCUUGGUGUUUGUGAAUGCAUCAGAUAUCUGACCUGCCUUGGACCAGGAGACCUGCCUUGGACCAGGAGACCGGCCUUGGACCAGGAGACCUCCACUAGAAUGAAUUAAUGAAUGGUGCUGGGGAAUGUGUUCUACAGCAUGAUGGGGGAUCACAGGGCUAAGAAUUCCUCAACGCUAUCCUCUUUUUGUUGUUGUAAAUGUAGACAGUCAACUCUGUUUAAGUUGCUAAGCCAGAGCAGGACAAUGAUUUUCCAAAAUGUUCUCCCUGCCAUUUUUGUAAAUAAGUAAACAAAACAAAAAUUCAAAUGAUUGUAUGUUGUUAAAAGAUGUGGUGUGGUCACACCUGUGUAUAUAUACUGACUGUAAUACGGUUCCAUUGCUUUGUAAAUGGCAGAAUGAAGCAUUAUGAUAUCCAAUGAAGGGAGAGAGAGAGGAGAGCUGCACUUGAUCGCUAGCUGAAUGUGAUCUGGUCUCUUAAGCCCGGAGGAUACUGUGUCAUAGACAUGGUUCUUUCUAUCUAAGAAAUAGAAGGGAGAGUGGAUGUAUUUCUAAGUGAACUGUCACCAGAUGGGGCCAGAUUCAGUCCGAUCACGUUAGGUCCUCUCUGCACGUUUUAAAGGCAAUAUUCCCAUGUUUGCGUAAGACCCACAUUCACGGAAAACGCUCCGUAUGUUUGGUUUUUCCACCUUUUAUUGAACCAGGUCGGGCCAGUUGAGAACAGGUUCUCAUUUACAUGUUGUCAUCUCAUGUUGGCUUGAUUAGAACUUGCCUUUAAAUGUCAAUUGCUCUAUAAGGUGGCUCUUCCUCGGUCUGUAUUUCAUUUAGGCCCUGAACAAGAAUGAACUGAUUCUAAGUUGAGGAGGACCUCCCAAUAACAUUUUGGACCUUUCAUUAUGUGAUAAACACCAUGUUUUCCCCUCUGGACAGGAGAGCAGUGCUUUACAAAAGUCUUAUCAAGUCCUUGUUACUCUUAUCACUGAUAAUUGUAAUGUACUAUAAUUAUUGUUUUAUCAAUUGUACUUUUUCUAAUGAUUUUUGAAAGGCUUUUUUCAUAUAAUCCUGCAAGCGUUUUUGAUUACUGUAAAGUUUUUGAUUACUGUAAAGUUUUUGACUGGAGAAGCUGAUAAAUUUACAGCAGAGAUCUGGUUCUGUUGAGUAGAGAUGAGAGAGGAGAGUCUGCUGAGGUAGAGCUGGUUCUGUUGAGGAGAGUCUACUGAGGUUUGGUCAAAAUAAAAUCACUUUUUUUUAUAACCCAAACUGGGUUGAACCAAAUGGAACCAAUAAGGCUGAAACAACAGGGAGGGACCUCGCUGAACUUGUCCAAUAAAAAAAAACUCUGGUUUUCCAUUGCAAAAUGUUUUGCUACGGUGUGCACUAAUGAAUACACCCCUGGAUUAAAUGUUCAAACUAGAUCUUACAGUUUAUAACCUUUUCCCUUUGACCUACUGUAUCUGAGUCCCAGCGAAGAGGGUUGUUUUAUUUGUAUUCAUGUUUUAUGGACUAUAUGAAGGAAUUACCGUUCUCUGACUUUGCCUUCAAACUCUGAGAACAUCUGCAGCAAGUACCUAAAUUGUAUUUCUGUCUGUCUGCAAUCAAUAGUAUCUAAGACCUUUAGAUAAUACUGUCAUCUCUGCUUUUAGUUCUAGAAGUAGUGUUAUAAAUGACAACUAUAGUUGAAUUAGUUUAUAAGAUAGUUAUCUAACGGAUAUUAAGUUUUUUUGUUCUCUUCCUCCCUCCUCCUCUCUUCUUCUCACCUCCCUCCUCCUCUCUUCUUCUCUCUUCUUCUCUCUUCUUCUCUCUUCUUCUCUCCUCCC